AUGCCUCCCCUACGAACCAAAGUCUUCAUCAACGUCGACCUCGGCGAAGGCUACGGAAACUUCAAAUGCGGCCCGGACGAAGAACUCAUCCCCCUCAUCGACCAGGCCAACGUAGCCUGCGGAUUUCAUGCUGGUGACCCCCUAAUAAUGCAAGAAACCGUCUCCCUGUGCAAAAAGCACAACAUAUCGAUCGGCGCCCACCCCGGCCUCCCCGACGUGCAAGGCUUCGGCCGACGCGAAAUGAAGCUCAGCCCGGAAGAACACACCGCAAAUGUCAUCUACCAAGUCGGGGCGUUACAAGGCUUCCUAGCACGCGAAAACAUCCCCCUCCACCACGUCAAGCCGCACGGCGUGCUCUACGGCAUGAUGUGUCGCGACCUAGAAGUCGCGCGGGCCGUCAUAAGGGGAAUACCACCUGGGGUACCGGUCGUGGGACUCGGAGGAACAUACAUGGAGCAGGCGGCGAAGGAGCUGGGGGUGCCGUUCUGGGCGGAGCUGUUCGGAGACGUCAAGUACGGGCCGGAUGGCAUGCUGGUGAUUGAUCGGAAGAAGAAGCCGUGGAAGAUUGAGGAUGUCAAGGCGCAUGUGAGGCAGCAGGUGGAGGAUUCGUCGGCCACGGCUGUUGAUGGGUCGGUGGUGCAGAUGGGGGUUAAGGAUUAUCCGGUUACCAUUUGUUGUCAUUCGGAUUCGCCGGGGUGUUUGGAGAUUGUGAAGGCGACGAGGGAGGUGGUUGACGAGUUUAAUAAGGCGAAUGGGUUUGCUUGA